UUUCUCCCCGCCCAUCUUCAACCUUCCCCCCGCCAACCCCUCAUGACCAAAACCAUCAGAUUCAACGCCGGCAAGGUGCAGUACGACGACGAAACCAAGCGCUGCACGCCCUUGCCGCACAGGGGCGUGGUCACCAUCGCGCCCUCGGACGAAGACGAGGGGUUCUUUGAUUUUUGCUGGGCGCCAAAGGCCGACAGCGGCUUGGAGAAAGACGAGCUUUUGCUCAUUCCGGGCGACAUGACCUUCCGCCGCGUGCAGUCGUGCAAGACGGGGCGCGUGGUGGCCUUGACAUUUCUCAGCUCGGGCGACAAGUCCUUGUACUGGCUCCAGGACGUGGGCGACGACGAGCAGCUAGACCGCUGGACACAAAAAGACGAGGCGUUGGUGUCGGCCGUGCAGGCGCUCAUCACCCCAGCCGACGACGGCGACGACGAAGCCGCCGCGGACGCCGCCGCCGUGAAAGAAGAACCCGUGCCGCCGCGGUCCACGGCAGCCGACUUCUUCCCUGUGCUGCUGCUUUCCGACGUGCUUUCCGACGAGCUCGUGCUGAAACACUUGCGGUCCAUGCUGCCCGACGAGCUCCGGGCCCGCUACGGGGACAUGCUCCCGGACGCCGUGGAGCCCUCUGCCGAGCAGAUCAUGGCCGUCGUGCGCAGCGAGUUUUUCCGCAACUCCAGCGCCGAGUUGAGCAUGAACAUGACCGAGAACAACAUUGGCCUGAUCCUCGCCACCAGCUUCGGCUACGAGUACAGCGGCGAGGGCAUCGAUGCUUUUUUGAAGGGGCUCCGAGACUCUGCCAAGAAAAGCCGCGAGGACUCGUAGACCCGCCGCCGCUGCUCUGUGUAUAGAAUAAUGUCCAUGGAUACUGCCGU